AUGCCGAUCGAAGGUCCGGUGCCGAUACCAGCCGACGGUCGGCCGAACGAUACAACGCUCGCGCGCACCGGUACGCGUGUUGUCGGUGGAACCCGUCGGUGGGUUGUCGGUUUUGUCGGUGGAACCCGUUACAUGCAGGCCCAGUACCACGAUGCGAUGAGCAUUGUCCGCACGUUUGGUAAACCGGACCUCUUUCUGACCGUGACGUGCAAUCCGAAAUGGCCGGAAAUUACCGAGAACCUGCUGACCCCAAGGCAACGUGCCCCUGAUCGACCCAAUUUGGCAGUACGUGUUUUCCGUUUGAAGCUGAAAGCCAUACUUCAGGAUCUGACGAUGGGAGCUCUUGGCGUUGAGGUAGCGCGCAUACACGUCAUUGAAUUUCAAAAACGUGGCCUACCUCAUGCCCACAUCCUCAUGAUACUGGCAGAAGCAGACAAACCCCAAACGCCGGACAGCUACGAUCGCAGUGUAAAGUAUCUGUACAAGUACGUGUACAAGGGUCAGGAUCGGCUGAGCGUAUCUCUCACUGGUGGCAAUGAUGAGAUACAGCAGUUCAUCGACGCACGUUAG